AUGUUACAUACAGAUGGUAAGAGUAACUUGAAUGAUACUUGGAUGAAAGUAUCAGAAGGUACAGAACAUAUAUAUCGAAUUGAAGAAAUGUCGCAUAAAGCAUACAUGAAUCUUUACACUCACGUUUAUAAUUAUUGUACAGCUAUUCCAGCACAAAAAUUUUCAUUAAAACCGUCAACAGGAAUAACACAAAAACUAGCCCAUAAUAAUGGACAAAAUACUGCACAAAAUGGAGCAAAUAUUGUUGGUGGUGAAUUGUAUAUUAGAUUGAAAAAUCAUUUAAGAACUUAUCUAGAAAAAAUUUGUGAACAAGAACUUGAUUUACAAGUAGACAGUGUACUUUGUUUCUAUACGACAAAUUGGAAAAAUUAUCUAGUUUCAAGUAAAGUAACAAAUGGAUUUUGUGAUUAUCUAAAUAGAAAUUGGAUACCACAACAACGGUCCUUAGAAAGAAAAGAUGUUUAUGAAAUUUUUAUUAUGACAAUGGAAAUUUGGAAGUUAGUUUUUUUUCAAAAAUUCAAUAAACAAGUAACAUUCGAAUGUCUUCAAUUAAUUAAAUCUGAACGACAAAAUGAAUUAAUUAAUAGUCGAUUAAUCAGUGAAGUUGUACAAAGUUAUGUCCAACUUGGCUUGAUCGAAAGUGCGUCCAUAGAAGAUAAUAGUCAUCAGAUAAUAUCUCCGGCAUUGACAAUUUAUAAAGAUUACUUUGAAAUACUAUUUCUUCAAGAUACAGAACAAUUUUAUCGUCUUGAAGCAACUACUUUUCUUGCUCAUAAUUCUGUAACUGAAUAUCUAAAAAAGGUAGAUCAACGUCUUGCUGAAGAAGUGUAUCGAGUUCAAUCAUAUCUACAUUCAUCAACAUUAGGAAUAUUAAUUAAAAAAGUCGAAGAAGUACUUAUUCAUGAUCAACUUCAAGCAAUCUAUACUGAAGCACAAGUACUUUUACGUAAUGAAAAAAUUUCAGAUUUGGCACUUCUAUUCAAAUUAGUCAGUCGAGUACCAAAUGCAACUGAUAAAUUGAAAGAAAUUGUUGAAGCUCACAUUCAUCAAAUGGGUAUUGAUGCUAUCGAACGAAUUAGUAGCACUGCACUUAAUAAUCCAAAACUAUAUAUUGAAACAAUUCUUGAUAUUCAUACGAAAUUCUUCAAACUUGUAAAUGAAGCUUUUAAUAGUGAACAAGGUUUUACUGCUGCUCUUGAUCGAGCUUGUGCUAAAUUUAUUAAUAAUAAUGCAGUAACAACAGCAGUUAAUAAUACAACGAAAUCAUCUGAAUUAUUAGCUCAAUAUUGUAAUACACUUUUACGAAAAGGAAAUAGAACUGUAGAAGAGACUGAUCUCGAAGAAAAAUUCAAUCAAAUUAUGGUGGUUUUUAAUUAUAUUGAAAAUAAAGAUGUAUUUCUAAAAUUUUAUCGCAAAAUGUUUGCUAAACGUUUAGUAGGUCAAUUAUGUGCAUCCUUUGAUGAUGAAGAAUUAAUAAUUUCAAAAUUAAAACAUACAUGUGGUUUUGAUUAUACAUCAGAAUUACAACAAAUGCUUCAAGAUAUUUGUAUUACUAGUAAAAAUUUAACUGAUCAAUAUCGAAUAUAUUGUGAACACAAUAAUUUGCAUAAUAGUGUUGAUUUUUCUGUAAUGGUUCUUAAAACAAAUUCAUGGCCAUUUUCUGCACCAUCAAAUUUUGUUUUACCAAUUGAACUUAAAAAAACAUUUGAAAAUUUUAUUAUGUUUUAUAAUCAACAACAUAAUGGUCGUAAGUUAGUAUUGCUUCAUCAAUAUUCAAAAGGAGAUUUACAAACAUUGUAUACUGAACAAAAAUAUAUUUUACAUGUAUCAACAUAUGAAAUGGUAAUUUUACUUUUAUUUAAUAAACGUUCAAGUUGGACAGUUGAACAAAUGCAAGAUGAAACACAAAUCAAUGUUAAUUUAUUCUUGCAAAUUCUUUGGAAUUUAUUGAAAAGUAAAUUGAUUAUAUGUUCAGAAAUUAAUAAUGAUGAACUUGAAAAAGAUUUAAAUGAAAAUGAUAUUAAAAUGAAUUAUAAUAUUCAGAUAGCGAAUAAUUUUAAAAGUAAAAAAAUAAAGAUAAAUUUGAAUGUACCAAUAAAAUCAGUCGAACAAAAAGAUAUCGAAGGUUUAUAUCGAACACUUGAUCAAGAUCGAAAAAUCCUUAUUCGAGCUGCAAUUGUUCGAACAAUGAAACAACGAAAAACAUUAAAACAUGCACUAUUAACUGAAGAAGUUAUUCAUCAAUUAAGUUCUCGUUUUCAACCUCAAAUUCCUGUGAUUAAAAAAUGUAUUGAAACAUUAAUUGAAGAACAAUACCUUGAACAUCAAUCAAAUGAAAACGGUGUAUUGCAUUACUUGGCUUAA